ACACUGCACUCUGCCAUUCACAACUUCCUGGUCUGGAACCAAUAGCGGUACAAGCAAGAAGGUCACGUGAGAUUCUCCCCUAGUCACUGACGUUCUGGUGGUUUGACCCGAGCAGCGAGGCAGCAGUGAAAGGUGAACUAUGGGUCGUCUUGAUGGGAAAGUGAUUGUGUUGUCGGCUGCCGCACAGGGGAUCGGCCGUGCUGCGGCAAUAGCAUUUGCAAAGGAGGGAGCUCAAGUCACAGCGACAGACAUCAAUGGAGAGAAGCUGAAGGAGCUGGAUGGCAUUCAAGGGAUCAAGAUCAAGGUUGUUGAUGUCACAAAGAAAGACCAAGUUGAAGCCCUGGCGAAGGAACAUGAGCGUGUAGAUGUGCUGUUCAACGUAGCUGGGUUUGUGCACCACGGCUCCAUCUUGGACUGCGAGGAGGCCGACUGGGACUUCACAAUGAACACUAACGUCCGCAGCAUGUACCUCAUGAGCAAGGCUUUCCUGCCAAAGAUGCUGGAAAAGAAGUCAGGAAACAUUAUAAACAUGGCAUCUGUUGCCUCAAGCAUCAAGGGUGUGGUGAACCGGUGUGUCUACAGCACUUCAAAGGCAGCUGUGAUCGGGCUCACCAAAUCUAUAGCAGCAGAUUUCAUUGACAAAGGCAUUCGCUGUAACUGUGUUUGUCCUGGUACUGUUGAUACUCCAUCACUCAGAGGAAGGAUCCAGGCCCAGCCUGACCCAGAAGAGGCUUACAAGGCUUUCAUGGCACGGCAAAAAACAGGCAGGAUGUGCACAGCUGAGGAGGUGGCGCACCUGUGCGUGUACUUGGCCUCAGAUGAGUCAGCUUAUGUGACUGGGACAGAGCAAAUCAUCGAUGGAGGAUGGAGACUCUGAGAAAUCUUCACAAAGCUUAUCCAGGCAGCGAUUGGAGGCAGUCGGACCUUUUCUUAAUUUGAAGCCUAAAUAAAGUUCACAAAUAUUGCCUUCAUCUUGCAAAUAGAUCCUGUGAGGGACUUUUCCAUUCUUUGACCGAAAUCCAUGGUGUCAUAUCAUACUGGUGUUGUCACUGAUUAGUACAAGUAUUUCAAUGUAUUUCAAAUGGCAAUCUGACUUAUGAUGAAAUAUAAUUUAAACUGUAUUAAAAAAAAUCUUUACCAA